CCGCGGCGCAGCUGGGAGACCCGCUCCUGCGGCUUCAGUCACACUCGCGGGCCCUGUCCGUUAAUGGCUGGGGGAGUCCCGAGCCGACGCGCGGCUGGCCUGGGCUUCACCCCGGGCCCCUCUGCGAGCGCCUGCGUGUCCCCGGCAGCCGGUGGGCGCUCGCUGCUCGUGGCGCCCUCAGGGCGGCGCUGACACGGGCGCUACCCGGACGGUGAGGCAGGGCAGGGCACUUUUGCCCCCGGGCGAGCCCAAGAGACGCCGGCUCUGGGACCCUAGCCGGGUCCUCGUCCCGCCGCCUCUUUCCGUCCUCCUGGGAUCCUGCCCGGGACUUACCUCCACACUUCGGCUCCCGCCCCUCUCGGGAGCCUGCUCUUCCCUCGGCUCCUCCCCACCCCUCCCAGGACCUGUCCCCCUUCACCCUUCCUCCUCCACCCCGGAGGCCGGGCUGGACGCGACCCAGAGCCGCCACCACCCGCUUCUGCCAUUCAAUGGAGGACGGUCUGCUGGAGAUCAUGACCAAGGACGGCGGCGACAUGCCGACCCCUUUGGAGGUGUCCACCGUGCCGGCCGUGGGGGACGUGAUCUCCGGGGAGUACAACAGCGGCAUGAAGGAACUGAUGGAGCACCUGAAGGCCCAGCUGCAGGCCCUGUUUGAGGACGUGAGGGCCAUGCGGGGGGCCCUGGACGAGCAGGCCUCGCACAUCCAGGUGCUCUCGGACGACGUGUGCGCCAACCAGCGAGCCAUCGUCUCCAUGUGCCAGAUUAUGACCACGGCGCCCCGCCAGGGCGGCUUGGGUGUGGUCGGCGGCAAAGGGAGCUUCCCAGGCUCCCCCCCAAAGCCGGAGACCCCCACGCCUGGAAUCGGGGACGACGGCUUACUGGGUCGCGAUCCGGAGGACGAGGAGGAAGAGAAGGAGAUGCCCAGCCCCGCCACACCCACCAGUCACUGUGAGCGCCCCCAGAGCCCCUGUGCUGGUCUCCUUGUGGGGGACGGGCCACUUGUGGAGCCCCUCGACCUGCCUGACAUUACCCUGCUGCAGCUGGAGGGCGAGGCCUCCCUGUGAGGGCACUCCGCGGGGACACUACCUUCCCGGGCUGGCUUUGGGUUUCCGAGUGCACGACGCGAGGGGACUGAAAGGCGCGGUGCAGCAUGCUUAACUUCUGUGGGUCAGGCAGAGAGAGACUCCCUCGAGGAAGGAUUUGGAGGGUGAAGGACUCUGGGAGCAUCAAGAAUCCUUUCUGCCCAACCAAGCGAAUCAUAGCAAACUGCGGAAAGGUGAGGUUCCGGGAGAGGAAGCGCUCAUCUCUGGACUCCCAUAGUCCCCUACCCUGCCCUUUCCCCCUCUCCAGGCAACAGGAGAAUUCCUUAAUUGUGUAAAUAAAAUUCUGCUUUUUCUAUUCUGAAAAAGGACUUAUGUAGGACUAUGGCAAAUAAUCUCUUAACGAUUUACCUAGAAAUUAAGGAAUUGGGGGUAUUCUGUUCUGGCAACAGGAAAUUUACCCUUCUGCUGAAAUCCAAGAUACUCUGUGCUCUGCAGAAGCCUCUCCCCCUCACACGUCUCCGCAGCUGCUGAUUGGUAAAGGAAGCUUGAGGAGGGAACUGCGGCCCUAGGAAUCUGAGUGAAUGGAGUUCCAAGGGCCCCUGGGCUGGGAGGAGCUGGCUGUGAAUGUGCAUGAAGACUAAUAGCUCAGCCUCUAGGAUUUUGCAUGCAGAGCGGAUCCUGCCUUGUCACUGACUUCAUCUGGGAUUGCUGUGCACUCACUGGGGCAGUUCACAGGCAGAGACUUGGGGGUGCUCAGCAGCAGCCCAGAUUUAGGGGACAUUUGAGGGACUCUUGGGGGCUGCAGCCAAAAACUGUCUCUCUUGGCUACACCUGCUUAACUUCAGUUCCCUUUUCUGUCAAAAUAUCCCUGCCUGCUGCCUCUCGGUGUUGCCUCCAUAAUGUCUUGUGUGUGUUAUGUGUGUCUACUGGUGUAGUAGCGUGUGAGCCCUGAGGGGCAGGGCUUGUGGCUCUGGUGUUAGGUUCAGGAGGCUUCAGACCCUUCUGUGAGCCCCAGGCUAUCAUGGCGCUUCUUCCCACCCCCACCCCACCCCCAACCAGGGCAUGGAGCAUGUGGCUGUCCUGAGAUUCCUUUACUGAUGUGCCUCCCUCCCACCUCCUCAAGUGGUGACUUUGUGUGCCCUUCCUCCUCCUCUGUGUAUUCCUUUUCAAUGCUUUCCUUGGUGGUAACUUUAAUAAAAAGGCGUCAUCUCCCCUC